GAGGCAGGCACAGAGAGAGAGAGAGAGAGAGAGAAACGUAUUACGCGAGCGAGCAGAGAGAGAGAGAGAGGCAGAGGAGAUCGAGCUGCCGAUCUCGCCCGCCCGCCCGCCAUUCCCACCCCCCGAUGCGAUCUCGCCGCCAAACCAAACCCUAGCCGCGAUCCCGCCGCCCUGCUGCAUCGCCGUUGACCCGCCGCCUCGGCAUCGCCCUCCCGCCCGGCUAGCCGAAGCUCAGCCCUGCUCCUCCUCCUCCGCCUGCUGCUGCUUCGUAGCGCGCGCGCAAGCGAGCGAGCGAGCAACGACGUGCUGCUCGUCUCGGAGGAGGGCGGCGGGGAUGGGGGCAGCGGACAAGUGGCUGCUGCCGCUGGUGUCGGUCUCCUUCGUCUCGCUCAUGCUAUUCCUCUCGGCGCUCUCGGGCUUCUCGGCCUCCUCCGCGCUAUUCGCGCGCCUCCCGCCGCCCUCCUACGUGCGCCGCGGGGCCGCCGCGCCGCCCGCCUUCGCCUACCUGCUCUCGGGCGGGCGCGGGGACGGCCGCAGGCUCCUGCGCCUGCUCCUCGCCGUCUACCACCCCAGGAACCAGUACCUGCUCCACCUCUCCGCGGACGCGCCCGAGUCCGAGCGGGCCGAGCUGGCCGCCGCCGUCGCGCGGGCCGCCCCCGCCGUCGCCGCCUUCGGGAACGUCGACGUCGUCGGCCGCCCCGCCGCGGGCACUCCCAUGGGCUCCUCCGGCCUCGCCGCCACGCUCCGCGCCGCCGCCGCCCUGCUCCGGCUGGACGCCGAGUGGGACUGGUUCGUCACCCUCAGCGCCGCCGAUUACCCCCUCCUCACCCAGGACGACCUGAUUCAUGUCUUCUCGUCUGUGCCAAGGAACCUCAACUUCAUCGAUCACACUAGUGAUAUUGGAUGGAAAGAGUCUCAGAGAGUGCAACCAGUCAUAGUAGAUGCUGGGAUAUACCUGGCUGGGAGGAAUCAGUUCUUCCAAGCCACGGAGAAACGGGCAACUCCAGAUGGAUUCAAAUUCUUCACAGGUUCUCCCUGGGUCAUUCUAAACCGGCGGUUUAUAGAGUAUUGCAUUUUUGGAUGGGAGAACCUCCCUCGAACCCUUCUCAUGUACUUCACGAACGUGAUGCUGCCUCAGGAAGGUUAUUUCCACUCAGUCGCGUGCAACUCUGACUUCCGUAAUUUCACGGUGAACAAUGACUUGCGGUACGUGGCCUGGGACGAUCCACCUCAGAUGGAACCCCGUUUUCUAAACAUUACACAUUAUGAUGAGAUAGUAGGGAGCGGAGUUCCCUUUGCUAGGAAGUUUCAAGAGAAAGAAUAUCUGUUGGACAAGAUUGAUGAGAAAAUACUCCAGCGGUGGCGUCACAGACCUGUUCCCGGAGCGUGGUGCACAGGCAGAAAGAGAUGGUUCAGCGAUCCAUGCUCCCAGUGGAGCAACGUCAACAUUGUGAGACCCGGCCCCCAGGCCGAGAAGUUCCGCAGAUACAUGGACCGGAUCCUAGAAGAAUCAAAGUCAAGCAACAGCUCAUGCGCGCAAUAACAGCACUGAACCGCGAGGCUGCGCUUUCCCGCGGUCGAGCAUGUCUCAUUUUGCACAGAUCGAGCGGCUCUCCACGCAUUCAGAACUCCAGCAUCUCCGCCUCCCGUGGGAGCAUUUUUUUGCUGCAGCUGGGGUUGUGGGCACGGGGCCAAGGUGAGAGGCGUUGCCUAUUCUUUCAAGAUAUUUUUGGUAGCUGUCAUGACUUGAAGGUCUCUCACUGCUGCAUUGCAUCCCAGCAUUGUUGGAGGCCAGGGAGCUUUCGGUUGGGGUUUUGUAAUUAGUAGCGACCGGUUGAACGACCUUGUGCGGAUGUUUAUAGGGCCUUGGUGGAAUUCUUGGUGCUCCCAUACGGAAUUGAAUCGAGAGGCAGGCAAAAAGACGUGAAGGGUGGGGGAUUUUGUUGGCCUUGUGGUUGUGGACUGGUUGCUGUUGUGGUUAACAGAAUGCUCACAGAUUCUUUUUA